AUGGGAACACAGGCACUUCCGAUGGAAAUUCUCUUUCCCAUUCUUGCAAUCGUUGGAAUUCCUGCGAACCUGAUGACAGUGCUGAUUCUUUCCCAAGGGAAGUGCGGCCUUUCUGAAGGAGUCACUCAUUACAUGACUGCCAUGGCAACGGGAGAUCUGAUGGUCCUUGUCUUCAACGUGAUCGUGAGCCAGAUCAUCAGGGAUUAUUUCCCGGGAUCGCUGCUGAAAUACACUCCGGCCUGCCGACUCAAUGUCUUCCUGCAAGGGUUCAGCAUCCAACUCUCCAUCUGGUUUACCAUCGCCUUCACCUUUGAUGGCUUUGUAGCAAUUUGCUGCAAUAAAUUAAAGGCGUGUUAUUGCACGAAAAGAACAGCCAAUAUCGUUAUAAUCAUCAUGAGCGCUCUUAACAUCAUGGUCAACAUCCCCUUCCCUUUUCGCUAUGAGCCCACUCACGUUCUGAACAAU